UAAUUACAAUAUCAAAAAAUAAAACUGUUACAAUUUUAACUCGAAUUCAAGAACAUCCAAAUACUUUUCAUGCUGAUAAUAAUAUUUUAAUAUGUUUAUACUAUAAUAAACCUGUAGAAUGGAGAUCAAAAUUGACAGUUGAUAAUCAUUGUAAUAGCAAUAUGCAUAAAUCAAAUAAAAGUAUAUUUGAAGCUCAAGAACAUCCAAAGAAACAAAUAUCUAUUCAGACUA